CUAGUACUUACGGUCGUCGCUCCUUUUUGGUAAUGUCAACAGCAAAGCAGAUACUAUAAUCAGCAGCCGGGCGAAAUGAUUUGCCUCAAUCCUCUUAUUGCACUAAACGUAACUAUAGCUUCGUCAGAUUCAAGUGAGAUGCCAUAUAGCUAGUCAUAUUACUCGCCGCGGCAGCUAAAAGUUUAAUCUGAAUUCUGUUUUCAGAGUGAACUGGAGAUGUCUAGCAGCACCCAGUUGAACAUCCGACAGUGGACCACCAAGCAUGUAGCCAAGUGGCUGAAGGACGAGGGCUUCUGCCACUAUGUUGACCUGCUGUGCAACAAGCACCGUCUGGAUGGCAUGUCCUUACUCACCCUCAGCGAGUAUGACCUACGCUCUCCCCCGCUUGAGCUCAAGGUGCUGGGGGAUAUCAAGAGGCUGAUGGUGUCCCUCCGCAAGCUGCAGAAACAAAACCUGGACAUCCUGGAGGAGCUGGGGGUCCCGUUCGACGGACACUCCCCUCAGGGUGGCGGUGGGGACUGGCACUGCAAUGGAGACUCCAGUAGAGAGUGUGAUAACUCUAACACAGACACUGCACCGGUUGGAGAGCAGUAUCUUCAGUAUACAAAUGGGAAGUACAAGCAUGGAGGGAGCAGGAGGCUGGACCCUGAGUACUGGAAGACGGCGCUUAGUGCCAUCUAUGUUGUGUUCGUGUUUGGAUUUACCUCCUUCGUCAUGGUGAUCGUGCACGAGAGGGUGCCGGACAUGCGCACCUACCCGCCCUUGCCAGACAUUUUCUUAGACAGUGUACCUAGAAUACCAUGGGCCUUUGCCAUGGCAGAGGCAUGUGGAGUGAUCCUGUGUAAUAUCUGGCUGCUAGUUCUGCUGCUGCACAAGCACAGGUCAGUUCUGCUGCGGCGCCUGUGCAGCCUCAUGGGGACAGUGUUCAUGCUGCGUUGCAUCACCAUGUUCGUCACCUCUCUGUCAGUGCCAGGACAGCACCUGCAGUGCUCAGGAAAGAUUUAUGGUGACAUGUGGGCAAAACUGCAUCGAGCUCUGGCCAUCUGGAGUGGAUUUGGAAUGUCUCUCACAGGUGUCCACACAUGUGGUGACUACAUGUUCAGCGGCCACACAGUGGUCAUCACCAUGCUCAACUUCUUUGUGACAGAAUACACACCGAGGGGUUGGAACUUCAUCCACACCUUGUCUUGGGUCCUAAACUUGUUUGGGAUCUUCUUUAUCCUGGCGGCCCAUGAACACUACUCUAUCGACGUCUUCAUUGCUUUCUACAUCACAACCAGGCUUUUCCUGUACUACCACACGCUGGCUAACACCAGGGCCUACCAGCAGAGUCGCAGGGCCCGCAUCUGGUUCCCCAUGUUCUCUUUCUUCGAAUGCAACGUCAACGGUCCUGUGCCCAACGAGUACGGCUGGCCUUUCUCUAAACCCGGCAUGAUCAGGAGGAUGAUUGGGUACUAGGUGGUAGAGGACACCUGUCUGCGAUGCAGCCACAAGGACAUUGAUCUCAUCUAAUAGACACUACUGGUGACUUUGAGCCCUGUCGUGCUAUUUUUGCUACUGCCCUCUGAAAGAAGUUGCUAACUGUGGUCAUGUGUUAUCAACUUUAUAUUCCAAUAUCUACAAGAGAUUGCUAACUGAGAUGGCUUCUGGGAUCCUAUUGGUGCCAUGAUGUGACCGGGUACAGACAGAGAUGUGACUCCUCAUAUUCUGUCCCAUGUCAGCCUGUUAAAAGGGAUUAAAGUAAGGCUUGUGUCUAAAUUGACAACCUAUUCCCAUGUAAUGCACUACUUUUGACCAGGGCCCAUAAGGCUCUGAUCAAAAGUGGUGCACUACAUAGGGAAUAGGGUGCCAUUUGGGACUGAUCCUUUUAUCAAUUUUCUCUCUUCAUUUGAAAAGGGAUGAGUAAAAAAAAUAAAUUGUCCCACAACUUUUGCCACAAGAUCAAUAAUCUGGUUACAGAUAUGUAUGUGCUUUAGUCAGUGCCUCUUCUGUUGUUAUGGUAUACAAUCUGAUUAUGGCAUGACGACAAACUCGACAGAGGAGUUGACUAAAGCACAAACUGAUCUGCUACUACCAGGCUACCAUUUCAAUGCUUAAGGGCUCAGACACACCAAUAGAGUUUGCUGGUCGGGAGUAGUUAGCACCUUUGAACAUAAUUUGCAAACCAAGUGGACACUCAUUUUACAUGUAGAAUUGCUUGAAAAAUGUGAAUGAUCGGCAGACUAACGCUAGAUGCACAUUCGUUGCAAUGUGUGUGAGCCUUAAAAGCUCUUAACUUGCAACCUGAUCGAAAAUUGGGGUAACGGCAAGCUAUAGGUUUGGGGAAACAUAAAAGCAGAAUUCUCAGGCAGCCUAUUGUAACCAAACACAUUAUUUUAAGUCAGUAAAGUUUGUUGAAAUCUAAAAUUCAACAGCGUUAGUGAAAUGGGCUAUUGUGUUCACUAGAUAUCCUGAGAAGUUAGGGCACUUUUCAUAAUAUUAUUGACAUGUUUCUUUCAAUGUUUUAUCUGGACUCUAGUUCUAAUACAAGUAUGGACCACCUUAAAGGCAAUAUCAAAACGUCACAGAUGAUACUGUUGCUGAAUUUAUGUAUAGCAAUAACAUAGUUCAAGAUGUUGUGACCGGUCUUGUUACUUGUUUGCCAUUGUUUCUUUAGGUAGUGUGUAAAGCUUCUGCAUUCCUUAAGACACUACUGUGGUUUUGACAGUAUUACUAGAAUGCUGAAUGAGUCAUUCAUGGCUCAUUUUGAAAUGAACUGUUUUGGUUUCCUUUAUAAUAUUUGUAUUGUUCAGUUAUUAUCCUGCCUUGUCCUAACUAGACAUUACCGUAACCAGGGUUGUUACUUAGGAGAUCGCAAAAAGCAGCCAAAACUAUGGAAUGGAAAAUGGUGAACAAUUGUUUUAAAUACCAUUCCAUUUGCCAAUAGCUUUAGUUGUUAUAGUAACAUUGUCUGUGUAGGAAAUGCAUAUCUCAAAUAUUGAAUUUUGUUGAGUUUUAUACUAGCUUGUAAAAUAGUAAUUGACCAAGAUUCACGAUUAGAAUAACAUACAAGGAUAUCAAUCCAUACAAAGUAAUUGAAAAAAUGUGUAUUUUUACUUCUUCCACAGAUCCCUUGGACUUAAUUUUGACUGCAUCUUAAUUUAUUUCAUUUGGUAUAUGUAAAUACCAUUUUUUUUAUAGAUAUUUGAUGUACUAAAAGGUUAUUGCAACAUGCACUUCAGCAGGAAUAUGUUUACAGUUGUGCAGAACUAUAUUUGUUUGAAACACAAUGUGCUUUUAUGUAUAGGAUUUAUUUCAAUCACCCUUUCACCCAAAUCAUUGAAAACAAAUGCAAACCAUCACAAAGUCCCCCACAGUAACUCAAAUCAGGUCUGAAACUGCCAUUAAUGGUAUUGGUUAGAACCCACUUAGUUCAUAUUUGUAAAACAAUGAAGUAUUACUUCCCACUGGGCACAAACGGGAGUUCAACAUCUAGUUAUUUGAUUGCGUUGUCGAAUAACACGAAAUAAAACAAUUCCUGAAAUUCCUUCGUUUGAUAACUUUUUGCAAAUCCAAUCAGUUUUCCACAGUGAUUCAACGUCAUCACAUUGAAUGUUUUUAUUGAAAUGGCGUGGGAACAAUGUUCUAUCAAUCAGUUUGAGUCCAGUGGGUUUUGUCCUAUAUCCAUCCCAUCAUGUUUUAUUUGGAAUUUCAGCUGUGGAAUAGUUACUUGUACUACUAGGCCUAGAUCGUAACCCGUUACUGGUUGAGUCUUUACCUUCCCCCCCACCUUUCUUAUAAUUCCAACUAGUUCCUAAUGCAUAAAUCUUUUGGUUUGUGUAAUGCCAGCUCAUGUGCAUGUGAGCUAGGUAGCUAGCUGCAAAUUCAUAGUUUUCUGCUAAGAUGUUAGAAAAGCCAUCAUUCAUAAGUAUGUAUCUCUCUUGAAUUUGUUCUUAGUUGUCACUUUUAACCCCUCUAAUAAAAAUGUUACUAAUCCUUAUCACUGGUGUGGUUAUAGCGGUAUGUUACUUAUCUUCAAGAUACAGUAAUUGACUACCAAUGUAAUGAAAAUGUAGCAAUAACAGCCAGUGUGGUUGUAUUGGGUUAAUCAAUAAUGUCCUGCAAAUGACAAGUGUCUUUACCAUCAUUAAACAGUAGAAAUCAA